AUGGAUAAAUAUCGUGCGGACAUCGGCUGUCUACAAGAGACCAAACAAAAAUCUGGAAUGGACCUAACCUAUGGAAAUUACCGAAUGAUCUUGCUACCCUCCGACUGCAGACACUAUGGACAAGGUUUUGUGAUUCACAAGAGGCUCGGGGUCAAACGCUGGUGGAGAAUUACAGAUAGGAUUUCAGCAGUCCAAGUACAAAUCGGCGGUAAAGGCAGGCCCAAUGCAGUCGCAACGGUCAUUAACGUAUACGCCCCGCAUAGUGGCAGAAUCGUCAACGCGCCUGAAGAAAUCGAUGAAUUCUAUGAGGUACUGACCCGGACAUACCUAUCCUUACAAUCGUCUAUCCUCCUGCUCGUCGUCGGCGACUGGAACGCCAAGGCUGGCAUCCGUCGAGGCACUGAAACUUUUAUUGGACGGCACGAAAGAGGAUAUAGAAACCUCCCAGGAGCCCUAUUGGCUAAUUUCUGUAAAACACUCGGGCUAUUCCUAUGCAACACGGCCUUUGAUCACCCUGCUCGGCACAAGUCUACCUGGACUGGCAGGAGACGUGGUGAAGACGGGAACUAUGUGCCGAUCUACAACCAAAUUGACUACAUUUUGUGUCGCCAAAGAAACACAUGGCUUCUACAAGACUCUCGUUCUUACAGGGGCUCGGUCGUUGACAGUGACCACAAGAUAGUCAUCGACAGAUUCAAUCUGAAGAAAUUAUAUGUGCUGGAUAAAACAAAUCGUCAAUUCCUUCAUAAAUCGGACAGAUACUUGACAGAAAAACUUGCUCCCUCACUAUUGACUCGAAACCUCUAUAAAUCAUCCAUCGAUGAAUCCCUUAAAAACAUGGAAACUGGACUUAUGCCUUCAGCCGCUUGGAAGGCAAUGUCAGCCAACAUUCAUUCGGCGGCAAAUAAAUAUGUUGGAAAGCAGCCAAAAAAUACGCACUCUAUCGGGCUAUGUCACCCGGAUACUCCUGCCUUGUCAGUUGUGCAAAAGGAGCUUAAGCUGAGGACUGAGAACACCAAAGAUAUGGAUACCAAACUCGCACUGAAAGGCCGGCGUGCUGUCAUCCAAAAACAAAUAAAGACCCUAAACCUCCAAUAUGGCCGGGAUAUCCUGACUUCCCGUCUUGGAGAACUGGAAACCCUCAAAGAUAAUGCACGCACGUUUAUGGCCUUACGGUUGUUUAAGAGGAAGAAAAACCGCCCCAAACUUCGACUCCAAACCAGUAAUGGUGUUCAAAUAUCUGACCCGGGAGAACAGGUGGGAGUCAUUGCGGACUAUUUUGAACAACGAUUUAACGCUAACACCAAACAAAUCUCCCCUUUCUCUGGCCCAGCACGACGACUGAAGAAUUCAAUCUCCUUGAAAGAAGUUACAAAGGCUGUUAGCAGGCUCAAGAAUAACCGAGCUGCGGGACCGGACAACAUUAAUGCGGAGCUGCUGAAAUACGGAGCCGAAUCUCUUCUAUGCAACAUCACGAACACCUCAACGAUAUGUUUGCUACAAAUGACUCACUCCCGCUGGGCUCUGGAGUUCUCAUCCCUAUUCAAAAGCCGAACAAACCUCUUGGUCCAGUAG